UGGCGGUGGAGAUGUUUGGAGUUAGGACAAGAACGCGGAGGGGGACAAAAACUGUGGCAACCUCGCAACUUUCUGGGCCACUAAAACACGCUCCAGCCCGGAAAACUCUAAUGAAAUAUACUUCCAGGUAUUCUUAGAAGACGUAAGAGUUGACGUUAAAGUGACUUUUUGAAACUGGAGCUGCUUCCUUGUUCGACAACGGGGUGAAAUAUCUCAACAUCCUCACAAAGAAACUUUGCUUGCUAGGCUGCUAACUCGCACACAAGCCAGAAAAAAAAGUAUGAUCACCGCCGAAGACUUUAUCACACGCUUAGUCUUCAUCGCCAGUGGAGGAAGAGUUGCGCCCCCCAAAUCUCCACCAGGCAGGACAUCCAUUGACCUAAGGAGUCCUAGAUUUGUUUCUGGAAAGAUGUCUGGCCGAAGUGGCGUUGGACAUAACCGAGGAGCUGCUUUGGGUCCACAACCCCUCAAGGCUACUGUUCCCUAUCAGCUGGCCAGCAAGCCUAGACCUAACCGGAGAGAUGGAAAGUCAGCUGGGAAGCCCAAACCGCACCAACUGAGCUCUGGCAUGAGGCGGACAAUGUCUCUAGAUGCCAUCAUCGGGCCGUACCUGCAGGGACACUGGCCCAAAGAACCAGAGAGCCAGAGCAGCCUGUCUCGCAAAGACAAGUCCACCCAGACUCCAGACUCAUGGUCAGAUAAAUCCCAGAGCAGGAGAGGUAGCAGCAGCCACAAGCGAUCGGCAUCAUGGGGCAGCGCUGAGCAUCUGCGAGAGAUCGCUAAACUAAAACAACAGCUGCAGCAGCGCAGCAAACCUGCAGUCUCGGGGGGGCAUGACAAAGGCCGCCAGCGUGGAUAUCCUCAGGGGAGCGGUAGCCUAGGAACUACUCGGACUCAGCCAAUUCCCAUCCCCCUUGCUCCCCUGUCUACACUGGUCCCUCGACUGCGCUGCAGUGUGGAGGGCCUCAACCAAGAGCUGGAAGGCAUGUUCAUCUGCCAGCCAUUGCAUCCUCAGCAGAGGCUCCUUGAGGUUCCAGACGGUCACCGGGCUCCAGUCCCUCUGCAGAGCUGUAGCAGUGGAUCUCAGAGUGACCCCGCCACCACACCCCUAACCUCAUCAUCUUCGUCCUCCUCCUCCUCACCCAGCUCCUCUCCCACAAACCUCUCCACCUCCCCACCCAACUCUGAUGACGCACCUGUGGAUCUGCACCAAGGUUUGAUAGACAGUGCAGAGAUGUGCCUCCUGUCGCCGUUCCUCUCCCAGAAUGAGGCUGACCUCUCCCUGCCUCUGCUGAUGUCCUCCUCCCCAGGGCCCAAUAAAAGUUGCUGCUUCCAGAGAGAGCCUCCAGAGGGCUGUGAAAAGGUCCGAGUCUGGGAGGAAACCAGCACCCCACGCCUACCCAAGCCAGCCCUCAUCUCCUCCUGCCCAGACCCCAACAAGGUGAACUUCACCCCCCAUGGGGGCUCAGCCUUCUGCCCGGUCAGCCUCCUCAAGCCCCUGCUCCCCUCCAUGGACCUGUUGUUCCGCAGCCUUGCCGUCUCUCCAGCGGGCAGUUGCUCGAGCCAGGGAACGAGCUCCUGCCAGGCAAUGUCCUCCGGCAACCGGGCUGCUCCGCCAGAUCCUCCCGCCACCACCGCUGUCAUGGGAGAAAGCUCUGGGGCAGGCCUCGCUUUCUGAUCACAGCUGCAGAUCUUUUUCUGUGUGAAUGCAAAUAUUUCAGUGGUCCGGGACACAUUCGUUGACGUUGCUUUGUUUUCAGAACGGACCAUUUCUUUUCUAUACAGGUUUAAAAUAAUAUGUUGAAAAAUAGUAAUAUUGAGAAGAAAAAAAAAAAAUUAUUAAUAUUGUAUGCAAUGGAUAUGCUUUACGAGCUACUUGUUUUGGGUGUCUGGCCAUUGUGAUAUUUCUAAAUCAAGGCAUUUCUGUCCUUUCAUAAUCCAAAGAUAUACUUUUGGCCAAACCCAAGAGACGAGGCAGUCUUAUUCUACUCUUAACUCUACCUGAAAUGUGAUUUGUUGGAUGACUGACCUGACUGCUCACUUGCUUCACAAUUUUUUUUUUUUUUUUUUUUUCUUUCCCCAAAGAAGCCAUGACACACUGGUUUUUAAACUCUCACUGCAGUGCGUCCUCUCUGUCCAAAAUGUUGUUAGGAGUCUGGGUCAAGGAAGAAAACCCCCUGUUGGAUAAGUUUGCUUGUUUUUAAGUAUACAAAGAUAUUUAUCUGCAUUUCUUUUUACCUAACUUGACCUUGCACCUGUUGCUGUACAUGACAAAUCAGUUGGGUACUUCUUAUUUACCUGAUUUAAAAAGAAAAAAAAAGAAACACGACAAAAUGAAAUCCCAUUUUGAUAAUUUUUGACUGAAGGGAUUUUUCCCGGUUGUUGGACUUGGGUAGCAUCAAUACCUAAAUGCUUUAGCUCAUGCAUUCCUGCUUUAAAAUUAUACAGAUGUUAUUUUUGUUGUCCUCUUGUUUACUUGCGACAAAAAAAUAACUUGUGCAUGUAUUAAUGGAUACAAAAAACCUGUUAUUCCUUGACGUUCUAGAUGUGCUUGAUGGUAUGUUUAUAGUUUUGGGGUUUUACAGCCUAGUUGACUACCUAACCAGUUUUAGUGGUGUAGAUUUGUCAUCCUUUCUCCGAAGACCUUCUUCUGCCAAGCUGACAAGUUGAUGUUCAAAUAGUUUUAUUUCUGGUAGAGAUGUUUGCACAAAUUGAACUGCUACUUUUGAGUCGCAAUUCUUAUUUUUAUAUUCACUUUUGUACUUUAAGACUAGUUAUGUGUAUUUUCUAUAUAUGUUUUCAAUUACCUGCAACAUAAGCUAAAAAAAAAAACCUUGUUACUUUUAGUUUUGUUCUGUCAGUAUAAUUGAGGCAGGUGUUACGUGAGAUACUGUAUCUGGUGGAUUUUUAUGCACUUCCAGGAGAGGGUUUUAAUGUGGAGGAGAAGACGUUUCUUCCAUAUGUUGGUCCUGGGUUUAUUGUCUGACAGGAGUUUUGUGUGUGUGUGUGCGUGUGUGUACGUGGAUGGAAAGUUAACUAGUCUGAUUGUUUGACUAACUUCUAGUUUUAGUAUCCUGGUGAAAUACUGAUGGAUUGAAACAUUGUCUUUUUCCAAAUAAUCCUCAAUUUCAAUGUUUUAUGAAUCGUGUGGAUGCUGGGGGUGCGUGCUGUUAUCUCAGGUUCUGUGUUCUGUCCAUAUAAAUAUAUGAUUGAUAACC